AUGAGCAACGGUCCGUCGAACCAACCCGGCGCAAUGUUUACAUUAAAGCGCAACGGGUCGAGUUCCGCUGUCUCUUCCCACCUUCCUGGUUCUACAUCCAACGGCACAUCUACUAUGCACAACGCGAACAUAUCGGAGCCGUUCUCUCCUGUGUCAUGUCAAGCUCCAUCGUCCUCUUCCACUGCCUUCAAAUCGAUACUCCCACCUAUUGGUCAGCCUCCGAUGCACCCAACAGAUGUGGAUUUAAGUAGUAAUGGCUUGUCAAGCGUAAACGGUACCAACGGUUCAUACAACCCCCAAGGAAUUAACGGAGGCAUUGUUGCUGUUCUGUUGCGACGACUGGCGCCAACAUACAGCAACGAGUUGCUGCACGGUUUACUCACAUUCUCCCAACACUUAAUGGAUUACUCCUUUGUCCCCAACGAAUACCCUGAAGAUGGCCAAUGUCGCUCCGCUAUUGCGCGUUUUGAAACAAGGGCUGCGGCUGAGGAAGUCUGCAAUGCACUCCAUGGAAAACUGAACAGCACAGGGGAGACCAAUCUGAUCGUCGAAAUUCUCAACACGCCGUCAACCUCGGCAUUGCUCGGACGCCGGAAUACUAUUGAUCAUGCCUCAAACCGUGCCGCACCAAAUUCAGCAUCUCAACCCGUUGCUCCUUCAGCGUUGAUACGCCAAACAUCGCUUUUUAAUGGCGCAUUUCAGGCUUUCGAAAGAGCGGGAAAUAGUGAACUCCCUGCACCAGAAGAAAAUUCUCAACUCACAUCCAUCUUCUCCCCCCAGUCACCCAUCGAAAAUUCAAUCAGUGACCGCUCAUAUGGCUCGGGUAAGAUGAUGAUUAAACAAGAUCCGGACGAAGAUACCGGUGAAUUGCUGAAUGAUCCUGUUGGAUAUGCCCGGAAUGGCCCCUCCAGUGCUGCAGCCAUGCCACGCCGUUCAACAAAUCCCCCUGUGGCUUUAUCACGCUUUAGCAAUCUCUUAUUAUCCACCAAUGUUGGGAGCUCCAUGCCACAACUAGGUGGUACGCGAUCGUCUACGAAUCUCGGGACUCCUAGUACAAUGCCGCCAGGCCUUUCAUCCACCAUUGUUCCCAAUUCUGGAUACAUGCAUUCUCCACAGUUCCAUCGGGUAAACUAUCCCCCAGUCAACCCCGCUGACCAAAACCCACCCUGCAACACGUUGUAUGUGGGUAAUCUCCCGCACGAUACCUCUGAAGACGAGUUGAAGUCCCUCUUCACCAAGCAACGCGGUUACAAGCGCCUCUGUUUCCGCAAUAAACAGAACGGUCCUAUGUGUUUUGUGGAGUUUGAGGAUAUUUCCUUUGCAACAAAGGCUCUCCACGAAUUAUACGGAUAUCAACUCUCCAACAGUGUUAAAGGGGGCAUUCGUCUCAGCUUCUCCAAAAAUCCCCUUGGCGUCCGACCCGGCCCACCACCAGGGAUGAACGCAGCGUCCUCCAUUGCUAAUGCCGGGAAGGCUGCAAAUGGCAAUGGGAUGCCCCUUUUUGCAACCGCUAACACUUUCCCACCAGGACUGGGUAUCCCUCCGGGCUUUGGGGGCGUGAACAGCGCACACUCCCCUCUAAGCCUAGGAUUGAACUGCAACAAUGGCAGCAACGGCAACGGCAAUGGCAACAAGAACACCUUCCACAGCCACUCUACACCUGGACUCGGAAUCAUCCCUGGCGCUAUUGGCACGUCUCGUUCACAUACUCUCAACGGUGGUGGUGGGCCAAGUAUGGCAAACAUGAAUGUCACUGCAUAUGGUGAUUAUUUGGGUCGAUAG